AUGCCAGCGACUCAUGCUGAGCCAGCCGUUACCAACGGCCACGAUGGCCACACACACCUCGCGCCGCCCACGGGAAAACGGGGCAAGGGAAAAAGAGGUCUCGACUCAAACGAAGCCUCGAGACUUCUGGCGGCUCGUAUCUCGCAGCUAGAGCAGGACGCUGCGGGCGAAAAGGAUCAGGAGCUGGAAAUAGAACGAGAAGUUAAACGGGCGACUCGUGACCUCUUGCAGCAAAUCUCCAAAAUGGACGACUCACAAAAGAUCGACCAUCUGACGAAGCGGUCUAGCGAGCUGCUGGCCGAUAUGCGACGUUUGGAUAAAGAAAAUCAAAAAAAUAAGAAGCGCGGCGAUGCUUUGCAAAAAGAGCGGGAUAUAAACCGCACCGAAUUGAGUAAGACGGUAGGGUUGAAAGAGAAGCUGGAGAAGUUGUGUCGCGAACUCCAGAGGGAUAACAACAAGAUGAAGAACGAAAACAAGGAACUCCAAGCUAUCCAAAAGCGUAAUACCCUAUCGUGGGACGAAAAAUACGCCAUCUUGCUCUCGAAACUCGAAGGCUACCAAGAAGACAAAGAUACCCCGCGCAAGCAAGUCGUCGACAUGGAAAUGGAGGAGCUAUUUCGAGUUCGUUUCAAGUCCUUCAUUGAACAAUACGAACUUCGAGAGCUGCAUUUCCACUCCCAAAUGCGAACCAAGGAGAUUGAGUUACAAUAUCAUCUCUCGCGCUUCGAUCGGGACAAGAAGGCCGCCGAGGCCGAAUUGGCGAAAAUGCGUCAAUUACAAACACAGGUACAGACGUUAUCAAAAACUGAGUCGCAGCUUCGCGAAGAGCUUGAAAUGUACAUUGACAAGCUCGGCGAGGCAUGUAAUGUUAAGGCCGCGCUGGACCAACGAGACGAUAUUAUGGCUCGACAACGCAAGGAGAUGCAAGAGCAAUCCAAAAAGUGCAAACGUUUAGAAAAAGAGAACGAAGCACUGAGACGUCAAAAGGAGUGUACAGCAGCCAACAUUAUCGGCGUGGCGCAGGAAUGGAAAGACAAGAUGGACGCCGCCGACAGGAAGACGAAGAAGCUUAUGAGUAUCAUCCAUCAGAUGCAACAACAGGGCCGAAAAGUUCCGCCGGCAAUGGAGUCCACGCUGGAGAGAUGCAAGAAUGACGAGGAUCUCGCGGAGGACGAGGAAGACAGCGAUUACUCGGAAGAGGACGAUGAAGAGGGCGAAGGGAGCGAUCCGGACGACACAGAAGAGGAGUCACCGCCACAAUCACGAGUACAACCAUCGCAGCCUGGACCUUCGACGACGAAUAAAGAGACCGUGAUGCGAACCUACGACGUACUGCAGGCACCGAUGGACAUUGACUGGAAAGACGACAACGCGGUGCAGGACUCGCUGUUGUCCACGGCCGUGUUCCUGCAGGACAACCCCAUGAUUUCCGACUUUCUCAGCAUGACGAUUGACCAGGCGUUUUCGGGCUGCGACCCGACGCAGCUCACGCCCGCCGACCGCGAGGCGUUUUGGGCAAAGCUCACCGCGCCGUAUCACCCGGAUGGACGCCGCAAGACUUAG